AAAAAGAAGCGAUCAAUUUUGAUAUGUUUCGAUUUCGAAUGUUUAAAAUAAAGAUAAGUGUCUAUAAGUUUUCGAUGACUUGUUACCACAAAAAGGCUUGUACAUGUACUCUAAAAAUGAUUCUUUUACAAAAUCUAAAAAAGUUUCACAAACAAAUACAAAACUGGAACUGCUUUUCUGUAUUUGUAUCAAAGCUAGAAAAGGCUUUAUCUGAAAAGUACAAAACUUUCUGAAAGAUCCAUGGAGACGAAGAAAAUUUUAUGCUCUUGCCAUAGAGUUUUUUUGGAAUUUCUUAUGAAACCAGCAGAAGGAUUCGAAUUUGUAUCCGCUCGAAGAACCUUUUUAGGCUCCGUAGCAAAAAACUUUUUUUACAGUGUAUGCACUAUUAAGUUCAACUGCAAGCUAUUGACAUGUAGAUAUGUAUCGCCAUCUUCUCAGCGGCUACGAUACAGAGCUAUGUAUGUGAUGCAAUCUUCGCCGCGACCACGCUCAUGGUAAUCCGUGCGAGAUCGUGCAGCCUCUGUCACGCUAUUAUAGGGUUCCGUAUGCGUUGCGUGACGCUCUCAGUGCGCACAACGCAGUGACAAAUUAGCUUAUUGGUUUAAAACUCGACCAAUCAGUAUAAAUACAAGAAAAACCGUUAUUUGUUCAGUCAUUUGUCCUACCAUCAUUGUGUAUAGUAGAUAGUAUUUAAUUUUUUUUCUUUUGGAAUAUGUUCUUUUAAUAUUACGCGGGGGUCUUUUUGAAAACUAACUAGUUUAUUUAUGUAUUGUUCAUCAUAGUUUUCUUAAACACAUACGCAUCUAUUAAAGUUGUUUUUUCUCUUUUCAGAUUAUUAUUAUUCCAAGUUACCUGUGCCUUUCUUAGACAAAGUAAGGUUUUUGUGAUGCGAUUAAAACAGUAGUUUUCGUAGGCAUGUCAUUUUCCUGUUAAUUUAAAUUAAAUAUAAAUUAUUCUUAAAUUAUAUUUAAAAUAAGUAUAAAUAUUUUCUCAUAAUUUACCAUUAAAAACAAAUUUGAAUUUUCAUAAGUUAUAUUUAUUUUAAAUUUAAAUUAUCGAUAAUUUAAUUUAUGCAUAAAUUAAAGUGAAAGUAAAUAUAAAUUGGCAUCCCUAAGCUUUUUGAAUAUUUUUCGUGCUUUCACAUGAAAAUUUCUUUCGUGAAUACUUUUAUUUCUACUGUUAUAGGAUCUAUGUCUAAUUUUCUUUUUGUUUUUGUAUUGCUAAAAUGUAAUAUCUUUUUAGUGAGCAAGAACAUUUCCAACUUGCAAAAAAAGUCUUUUUUUUUUCAAAUAGAACUUUUGUUUUCUUUGUUUCUGUUCUAUUUUUGUUGUUAAUCCUUCAACUUUUUAUUGAUGUGUACUCUUGUUUCUUUUAAGCUGAAUUGUUUUUGCAAUGAAAUUUAUAGUUCAUGUCUGGUUGAAUAUCUUUCACUCUUUUGUCGCGUGCAGAUUCCUUGUUUGUUUUUGUCAACACAUAACUGUUAAGGCCUCAUCAAUAUUCUAGUUCAUGUAUUUCAAUGUUAUUCCAUAAAUUUGUUGUGUAUGAAUAUUGGUUGUUGAUAUUCUGUAUUACCUAAUACUUCUGUUUUGUAAAAAGCUACAAAAAAGCUCAUGUUUUAUUGACACUGAGCACGUUUUUCCUCCAUAAUUAAUAAAAGGUGCUCCAGUGGAAACAUUUAGAUAUGAAUCUUUCAAUUCAUUAGAAGGGGGCUGAUCUACAAAAAGGAGCCAAUCGGAAAAUGCGCCAAAGAGAAUUGAGAAUAGGUGCGCUGUCACACUUGGUGCACGUGACGUAUCGAAGUGUACGGACUGACAUGAGCGGUAGAAUUUUGUGAAGGUAGCGCCACCUACCAAGAUAUCAUUGAGUACACAGUAGUACUUGAUACUGUAUACAUCAUUAUGUAGAGGAUAUCUUUCUCUACAAGCCAAUAUAUAUAUAUAUUUCGUUCUAUAGUCAAACCUUUAUAGUCACGUUUUGAUUCUUUAUAAGAAAAAUAUUUUAUUUUUAGGGACUUUUUCGUAAUUAUGGCCCAGCAUUGGUUGAUAAUUUUAUUGAAACAUUAUAUGUACUUAUACAUGAAAAAACCAAAGAAAAACAAGAAGGUAGUCAUAGAGUUGCAGCUGAAAUUGUAGCUGGAAUGAUACGUGGAUCAAAAUAUUGGACAAUAGAAAUGGUUUAUUA